AUGUGGAUAUCUAUUAAUUUUAUGAUAUUACUGCUUAAUUAUUUGGUUACGGCUGAUGUGAAUAUAAGUUACGUAAUAAAAAAUUAUCAAAAUCCCUAUAAUUUGGAUAGCAGAUUAAGAAAAUGUGAAGCAUUAAAUGUUUUUGGUGAUCAUUGUGAUCCAUUUUUUCAUUUUGCUGCUUAUACAUCAAUUGAAAAAUGGGAGAAACGUUCAACGUUACGCAAAGAAGCUGGACCAUUUGCAAACUCAAAGUAUAUUGACCACAUUCUCGACACAUAUGAAAUACAGCCAAUAUUUCCGGAUACUAUAGAAAUUGAACUUGAUAUUCAAGAUAGUGAUAUAGAUGAAGAUCAACGGAUAGCUCUAUUUAGAAGAACAGUUCCACUUGAAACCAAAGGUAAACAUGAAUUUCGGAUGGGUGUCGAUGUCAAAGUUGAAGCCCAUAUUGAGAUAACUUGUACCAAAAAUUAUUAUGGACAGCGUUGUGAGGUAUAUUGUACACCUCUUUAUAAUUUAUGGAAAUGUGAUGAGAAUACUGGUGCUAGAAUAUGCAGUAAACCGUGUUUACAUGGAAAAUGUGUUCUCACAAGUACCAGUGCAAUAUGUGAAUGUACAUUGGAUUGGCAUGGAGAAUUUUGUCAAACACCUAUUGAAUCUAAAAUUAUAUCGACUAUUUUAGCGCCUGAUAUAAAAACAAUUCAUGUAGCCAGACCAUUACAAAUCGAUCAAUCUACUAGAAAUAUUAAUAUGAAUAAUAAAAUUAAUAAACCAUCAGUUACGACGUCGACGACGACAACGACAACAACAACAUCAACAUUUCGAUCAGAUCCCAUAGAUAGAACAAAACUAAUAGAGAUGAGAAGUAAUGAUGAAACAAUUAAGAUUGUUCAAUUAAGAUUUGAUAAUGUUCAAAACAUUCAAGAUGAACACCUUAGCAUUGAUCGAUCUGAUGAUACUCUGUCUAGUUUGAAUACAAUAAAUACAAUAAUAGAUUCAGAUCAGUCCAAUGUAUCGACGAUUGAUAAAAGUCAGGAAACAACAAUUAAAGAAUCUGAUGGUGUCAUGAAUCCAUCUGGUCAAAUUUCUAACAAUGAAACACGUAAUUAUAUAAUUUUGGCGUUCAUUAUAAUAGGUUUAUUGAUAUGGCUUAUUAGUGUUCUUAUCAUUGGUAUAGUGUGUUAUCGCCGUCGAAACAAUCGCAAAGUUUCUGUUCGUAAAAGUGCUUUAUGGACAAAUAUUAAUUAUGAACCAAAUUCAUAUCAAACCAAAUUUUCAUCACAAACAGAACCAUUUAUAACACAAUACAAUAAUGAUACUUCUCAAAAUACUAUCAAAUUAAUUACAAAUAAUCAUAAUAACACCAAUCAAUUAAUGUAUCCUUCAUUAAAAAGAAAUUCAUUAACAUUACCUAAACUCCCUAUCAAUGAUAAUAAUCACCAUAGAUCCGUAUAUUAUACCCGUUCAACGAAUAUAUCUAAUAAAUUACAAUUUAAUACUAUUACAAAUACAUCAAUAUCAAGUCCACCAUUUUCAAUUUAUACAAAACAAUCAAAUUUAUCAUCACCAACUAAUAGUUGUCAACCAAUAUGUGAUACAUAUGAAGAAUUAACAUGUUGUAUAAAUGAUCAUUUAAAUUGGAAACAAAAUAAUAAUCAUUCAUCAAUAGCGCCAAAAUUAACAAGCUUUCAAUGA